AUGGCAAAUACAACUGAACAGAAAACUGAAGAGGAACUAUUACCAUGCAGUUUUAAGUUUCAUAAUUUUACUGCCAAAGUCAGUGAUGUGACUAUUAAUUGUCAAAUUAUAAAGAUGGAAGAUUGUUUGUAUUUGUGGAUAGGAGAUUGUAACAAUCCCAACAUGGAAGAUCUAUCACUUGCUCUCGUAUCAAAUUUUGAGAGACAACCUAUUACAACUAAGAUUAUGGGUGCCACAGCAGAUGCUACAUCAAUGAACAUGGCUAAGAGAUUGAGCCUAAAGCUCGGAAAGCCGGUAUAUGUUAGCUUUAAUGUAACAGCAGACAAUAUAAUAUUGCCAGGAAUCGAAAGGAGAAUCCAAGAAGAAUUCAAAACACAUGCAGAUCUAUUGAGCUUUUGA